AUGACUGAUAGUUAUAUCAAACAACUCGUCUGUCGUUUCGAGGAUACAAUUUUGACUGAAUGUGGACAAAAUAAAGAUGAGAGCACAAAAGUAAACGAUCAACAUAUUGGAAUCAAUGCAACUGAACUUUUAAAGCCAAAAAUUAACAAAAUUGAGAAGGAUUUACUUGAAAUUUAUUUUAAAUCUGAGGUAGAUCAUGCACUAGAAUUACUUGAGUUCAACAUUGUUGUUAUUGGUUCACCACGUGUCGGUAAAAGUGAACUCAUCAAUACAUUAUGUGGUGGCAAAAAACUAGCUGAAACAAGUACAAGUUUAACCUCAUGUACAAAAGAAAUAAAAAAAUAUGUGUUAGAAGGUGAUCAAACGCAAGCGUCUGAAAUUACUCCAUCUCAGGUUAACUUUUAUGAUACGCCCGGUCUCGAAUCAUGGAUUGAUGAAGGAGGACAAAAAUGCAUGUUUGAAUUGAUCGAGAAGACAAAUCCAAUUUGUAUCAUUUAUUGUGCUUCUCCAGGUUCAUUUGCUGAUUUAUUACAACUUCGUCCUGUACUACAGAAUUGUAAUGAUCGAAAUAUAUUUUGUGCUCUUGUGUGUACUAAUAUGUGGUCUAGUAAUAGACGACAAAAAGUAAUUGAAGAAUUUCAAAAUGAACUCUCAAUAUUCGGAACACAAAAUGAUAUGUAUUCGGAUCAAUUUAAUUCUAAAAUUCAACAUAAAAUAUCGUUUUUCGGCAAUGGUACCCUUUGUACAAUGGUAAAUUCAGUCGAAUAUUUCGAUUUGGAAAUGUCAUCAAUUAAAAGACCAGUACAGGGAAUUGAUGAACUCAUUCAUGGUAUCAUGCAAUCAUUAGAUGAUCAGAAGUUACUUGGUUGGUGUAAUGCUGUUCUUCACCGACGUAGCUAUUGGGAAAAAAUCAGUCAAAAAACGACCGGUUUCUUCUCUGUGGGUAUAAAAAAAUUACUAAAUUAUAAGUUUUUUUCUCGUUUGAAAAUGAAAUGUACUUCUACACAGACUAAUUAUGAACAAAUGUCAAAGCUAUCAUAG